AUGGCAGUGAAGCGAGUGGAUAUUGAGUAUGUUCAACGACACCCUCUAUACUGGGGCUCGAAUGCCCAGGUGUGGGACCCUACGCGUUUUCUGGACGAGAAUAACAAGAUUAAAACUUCGCUUCUCCAGCCUGCAGCAGCUUGGAUGCCUUUUGUUGUUGGGUCUUUGAAAUGCCCUUCUGCGAACGGGUAUUCUGCGCAGCUUGUUGUAGUCAUCAUCAGCGAAAUUUUAAAUCAAAUACUUCCGGGCCAGGAUGGCAAGGAUGGACUUUAUUGGAGGCUACAAGGUCCAGAGUGGGAUCCCGCUACAUCGGCGGAACCCUUAAGGCCUGGCCGAGAGGAGUACGGCACGGUAAAGGCUGUUGUUGACUACCUCGUGGAUAAUCUUUUGGACUGCAGAACGUUCCUUAGUAGCCUGAAUUACAGCCCUUUCCCAAGUUGUUUCCAAUUUACGUGA